AUGACAUUAGAUAUUUCUAAGUUCAAUCCAAGACAAAUUCCACAUACCGAAGAGAGACAAACAUUGUUAGAAGCAAACAAGAGUGUAUAUGAACUGUUCAUAGAUGAAACUGACUUUGAGUGUUUAGAUGAAAGGUCAUUGUACGAUUCGUAUAAACAAUAUUGUCAAGAAUAUGGUUAUAUGACAGCGUCUAAACGAACAUUCUUGGCAAAUGUCAAAAAUCUUUUAGAUGUUCAGAACGGCGUAUAUACAAAGAAAAAUUUUUAUGAGUAA